CGAAACAACGAGGACAAACAACCAAAACCCCAACCCAGCAAACACAUAGAAAAAUAAUAGAAAAAUCGAGAGAGAAAGAGAAAGAGAAAGAGAGUGAUCGAUCGGUCAGAUCAAAUCGAAUAAUGGGUAUGUAUGACAAGGGGAGGUUUUCGGGGUAGAAAACCAGCAAUGAAAGGCGUCUACUCGCCGCCCGGAGAUUACAUCUACUUCAGGUCCCAAGUUCCUCUUCACAAGAUCCCAGUUCUGCAUGUGGAGCUGCUUAUGUAUGUACCCUUUUGCAGCUGUAAAGCUACAUGAUUAAUCAAUUUUAGAUUGGCACGAAGCAGUGGCGAUACUAUGAUUUUGGCCCAAAAGCAGUACCUCCUCUUAUUUGUCUUCCUGGAACAGCAGGGACAGCUGAUGUCUGCUACAAGCAGAUCAUGCCAUUGUCCAUGAAGGGUUAUCGGGUGAUUUCUGUUGAUAUUCCAAGUGUAUGGAAUCAUCACGAGUGGAUUCUAGCAUUUGAGAAAUUCUUGGAUGCUAUUGAUGUCCAUCACAUACAUAUCUAUGGUACAGCCCUUGGGGGCUUCUUGGCUCAACUUUUUGCUCAGCAUCGUCCAAGAAGAGUUCGGUCAUUGAUACUAUCAAACACAUUUUUGGACACGCGUAACUUCUCUGCAGAAAUGCCAUGGGCUCCCGUCAUUAAUUGGACCCCUUCUUUUUUGUUGAAAAGAUAUGUCUUGACCGGAAUACUCGAUGGCCCCCAUGAGCCAUUUAUUGCAGAUUCAGUCGACUUUGUUGUUUCUCAGGUUGAGAUGCUCUCAAGAGAGGACCUCGCCUCCCGGUUAACUUUAACCGCUGAUACUGUUUCAGUUGGACCGCUGUUGCUUACAGAUUCAUUCAUUACUAUAAUGGAUACAAAUGACUACAGCGGGAUUCCUCAACAACUCAAAGAUGAAGUUAGCGAAAGGUAUCUUAACGCAAGGCAAGCACAAUUGAAGACUGGGGGAGAUUUUCCGUUCCUGUCACGACCAGAUGAAGUUAACUUACAUCUUCAGCUGCAUCUAAGACGGGUUGGUGUGGAACCUCGACCUGACUUAGUUCCAGGUAUUUCAAAGGGAGGUGGCGGUGGUAGUUCUAGCGAAGAGAGUGAGAAAAAAGACCCAGAAGAUCCACCCAAUGAUGAUAAAGGAAGCCUGGAUAAUCCAUUUGCAGAACCUCAGCUACCUCCUGCUCCAGAGAGUUCAGAAUCUCAUAGCUCAGAAGACCAGCUCAUCAGCAAUGCAAAAUUCUGCCACUUCGGUGAUGGAGACACGACCUUGAAGAAUCAACACACUAUAACCACUGAAUUUGUUAUGCAACUUGGUCGUGAGAUGUUUUCUGUUCAUUUGCUUUCAUUUUAUAUGGCAUCGUUGUACAUUAGUUUGAACUGCAAUCUGAAGCUGAGACCUGUUGUGUAAAGUGGAACAUCUUGACAUUGUUGUUUGUUGCUUGGAUUCUGAUUCUGAGUUCACAUGUGCUUAUCUCCAA